AUGGACAGCCCCAGUCUUCAUGAACUCCAGCAACCUCUCCUCGUGGGUGCAGGCUGUGAGCCCCCUGCCCAGAAGCCUAGCGAGCCUGAACUGGGGCCCCCCUUGACGGAAACAGCCUUUGCAGAGUGUCUGAGGGGUUGGCAGUCCCCACGACCACCUCUUCCCUCUGUGAGCGCUGGCCUGGGGGAACUGGGCCACCUCGACCUUGAGGACACAUCGUCCAGUGACAGUGAUUCGGACUGGGAUGGGGGUGGCCGUCUCUCCCCGCUUCUACCCCACGACCACCUUGGCUUGGCGGUCUUCUCCAUGCUCUGCUGCUUCUGGCCUGUGGGCAUUGCUGCGUUCUGCCUGGCCCAGAAGACCAACAAGGCCUGGGCCAAGGGGGACUUCCAGGGCGCAGGGACCGCCUCUCGCCGUGCCUUCCUGCUGGGGGUCCUCGCUAUUGGCCUGGGCGUGUGCAUGUAUGCCGCCGCCCUUGUGACCCUGGCCGCCUACCUCGCCUCCCGAGACCCGCCCUAG